UAAAGAACCAUCACUGCACGCUUCUUUUUGGUUGAAGGAAGAAUAAUAAAAUGGGCGUGUGGCAACACCUUAACACCGAAGGGAACAAUCCGCAUUGCAUCUCUCUUUUAAAAGUUUGAAACUUAAAACUUAUUCAGUCUGUAAAAUAUUAAUCAAUAAGAGAGAAAGAAACUAAGAAGAAAUGGGAGUUUUAUCAAAUAUUAUCCAAAGAGAUGAACUGAAGCCAGGCGAUCACAUCUACUCUUGGAGACACGCUUAUAUCUACGCUCAUCACGGGAUAUAUGUUGGUGAUGGAAAGGUGAUCCACUUCACUCGUGGAGCAGGUCAGGAAACUGGGACAGGAACUGUGCUAGACCGAAUUAUUUUUAGCUCCUCUCCUUCUCAUCCUUCAGAUAAUCCAUGCCCAAACUGUAUUGACCAGUCAAAGCUUGAUGGUGUCAUCUCGUCCUGCCUAGAUUGUUUCCUUGCAGGUGGGAAUCUGUACCUAUUUGAAUAUGGUGUCUCACCAGCUAUAUUUCUCGCCAAAGCCCGAGGAGGGACCUGCACACUUGCUAAAUCUGAUCCACCAGAAGAUGUCCUUUAUCGUGUUUUUUACCUCCUUGAAAAUGGCUUUGGUGUCUAUCACAUUUUCAAGAACAAUUGCGAGGAUUUUGCUAUCUAUUGUAAGACAGGUCUUCUAGUAUUCACGAGCAUCAGCGUUGGCCGAAGUGGGCAGGCAGCAUCCUUAUUAGCUGCUGUCAGUGCUGUCAUUUCUUCACCGUUGCGAUUUUUAACAACCAGCUUUAGUGGGCUGGCAGUUGUGGGUUGUGGUAUGUAUUGUGUCAGCCGAUAUGUUUCUGAUAUUGGAAUACGUCGGGAUGUAAUCAAAGUGCCAGUUGAGAGGCUUGUUUCUAGUCUUACCUUAGAAGAGCUGGAAGUUCCCGCGAAUGUGGCCACCUUAGAAUGGUCGGAAGUUCCAGCCAAUGUGGCUAAGGAACAGUAAUCAUAUUUACCAACAGCAAAUUGUGUGGACUAGUACAAGUGCAGAAAAUCAUUAGUUGUGAUACUAAAUGCAGAAAAGCAAUUCGGCUAUGAAUUUCGGUGGGUAAAUUGCAUAGCCUAUAUUAUCAAUUCUUAUUACCUGUAUUGUUGAUUCAUGGACUUUACUUUUGCUAACAGUUUAUGUUGCACUUGUGCUUCCUUCUGUACUUGGUCAAAUUAGCAAUAAAAAUCAUGUUUUAUCAUAA